GCAGGAGGAGAGGCUUAAGGAGCUGUUCUCAGGGGAGGGUGGGGGCCGGCAGGCCGAAGCCUGGCCGGGGGCAGGGGCAUGGAGCCGUCGGAGGCCCAGCCGCGCGGGGGCGAGCCCAGCUGGUGGGGCAGCGCCCCCCAGUACCAGUACAUGCCCUUUGAGCACUGCACCAGCUACGGACUGCCCUCCGAGGACGGGGGUCUGCAGCGCAGGCUCCGGAGGGACGCAGGCCCCCAUGCCAGCGCCCACCCAACACAGAUUUAUGGCCACCACAAAGGGCAGUUCUCAGGCAAGGAGCAGGACAACGAGAUGCCCAAGACGAUGGGCUCCAGCGCUUCCGUGGACAGCAAGGACGAGGAUCACUAUUCUAAAUGUCAAGAUUGUAUGCACCGCCUGGGACUCGUGGUGAGAAGAAAGUUAGGGGAAGACUGGAUCUUUCUGGUGCUUCUGGGGCUCCUGAUGGCUCUGGUUAGCUGGUGCAUGGAUUAUGUCAGUGCCAAAACACUUCAGGCCUACAAGUGGUCCUACUACCAGAUGCAGCCCAGCCUGCCUCUGCAAUUCCUGGUCUGGGUCGGCUUCCCCCUAACCCUCAUCCUCUUCAGCGCCCUCUUCUGCCAGCUCAUCUCUCCCCAGGCUGUCGGCUCUGGAAUUCCUGAAAUGAAGACAAUUCUUCGCGGGGUGGUCCUGAAGGAGUAUCUCACCCUCAAGGCCUUCGUGGCCAAGGUAGUGGCCCUCACCGCGGGGCUGGGCAGUGGCAUUCCUGUAGGGAAAGAGGGCCCUUUUGUUCACAUUGCCAGCAUCUGCGCGGCCAUCCUCAGCAAAUUCAUGUCGGUGUUCUGUGGGGUGUAUGAGCAGCCAUACUAUUACACUGACAUGCUGACGGUGGGCUGUGCCGUGGGAGUCGGCUGCUGUUUUGGGACACCUCUUGGAGGAGUGCUGUUUAGCAUCGAGGUCACCUCCACCUACUUCGCUGUGAGGAACUACUGGCGAGGAUUCUUUGCAGCCACGUUCAGCGCCUUUGUUUUCCGAGUGCUGGCCGUGUGGAACAAGGAUGCUGUCACCAUCACAGCCCUCUUCAGAACCAAUUUCCGAAUGGACUUCCCCUUUGACCUGCAGGAACUCCCAGCCUUUGCAAUUAUCGGGAUUUGCUGUGGGUUCCUGGGAGCUGUGUUUGUGUAUCUGCAUCGCCAAGUCAUGCUUGGUGUCCGAAAGCACAAGGUCCUCAGCCAGUUUCUGGCUAAGCACCGCCUGCUCUAUCCUGGAAUUGUCACCUUUGUCAUCGCCUCCUUCACCUUUCCACCAGGAAUAGGGCAGUUCAUGGCCGGAGAGCUGAUGCCUCGGGAAGCCAUCAGUACCCUGUUUGACAACAAUACGUGGGUAAAACAUAUGGGGGACCCUGAGAGCCUGGGCCGGUCAGCUGUGUGGAUCCACCCCAAAGCCAGCGUUGUUCUCGUCCUCCUCCUCUUCUUCAUCAUGAAGUUCUGGAUGUCCAUCGUGGCCACCACCAUGCCCAUACCCUGCGGAGGCUUCAUGCCUGUGUUCGUGCUCGGAGCUGCAUUCGGAAGGCUAGUAGGAGAGAUCAUGGCCAUGCUUUUCCCAGAUGGUAUCUUGUUUGAUAACAUCAUCUAUAAGAUCCUACCUGGGGGCUAUGCAGUUAUUGGAGCAGCAGCGCUGACUGGCGCGGUGUCCCACACAGUCUCCACGGCCGUGAUUUGCUUCGAACUAACGGGUCAGAUUGCUCACAUCCUACCCAUGAUGGUGGCUGUUAUUUUGGCCAACAUGGUGGCUCAGAGCCUGCAGCCCUCCCUUUACGACAGCAUCAUCCAGGUCAAGAAGCUACCCUACUUGCCUGACCUUGGUUGGAACCAGCUCAGCAAAUUUACAAUCUUUGUUGAGGACAUCAUGGUACGGGAUGUGAAGUUUGUUUCAGCUUCCUGCACAUACGAGGAGUUGCGAAACCUGCUCCAGACCACCACAGUCAAGACUCUACCACUGGUUGAAUCGAAAGAUUCAAUGAUCCUGCUGGGCUCCGUGGAGCGGUCAGAACUUCAGUCCCUCCUGCAGCGUCACCUGUGUCCCGAGCGGAGGCUGCGGUUGGCCCAGGACAUGGCGAGGAAGCUGUCCGAGCUGCCCUUCGACGGGAAGGUGCGGCCAGCGGGGGUAGGGCGCUCUGGUGUCUGGCCCCAGGGUCGACCCGAGUCCUUUGCCUUUGUGGAUGAAGAUGAAGAUGAGGAUCUCUAUGGGAAGCCCGAGAUGCCUCCUCUUCACCCUCCUCACCCCCUUCCUACUGAUCCACUGCCCCCCGAAGAGCCCAAUGGGCCCCUGCCCAGCCACAAACAGCAGCUGGAAGCACUGGCGUCUACAGGUCCAAGACCUUCCAUCUUUCGGUCCCUGCUUCACUGCUUGCUAGGCAGAGCUCGCCCCAAAAAGAAGAAAAUGACCCAGGAUUCAACGGAUUUAGUGGAUAACAUGUCUCCUGAAGAGAUUGAGGCCUGGGAGCAGGAGCAGCUGGGCCAGCCUGUCUGUUUUGACUCUUGCUGUAUUGACCAGUCCCCCUUCCAGCUGGUGGAGCAGACGACUCUGCACAAGACCCACACCCUCUUCUCCCUCCUGGGCCUCCACCUUGCUUACGUGACCAGCAUGGGGAAGCUGAGGGGUGUGCUGGCCCUGGAGGAGCUGCAGAAGGCCAUUGAGGGACACACCAAGUCUGGGGUGCAGCUCCGCCCCCCUCUUGCCAGCUUCCGGAGUACAACUUCCACUCGGAAGAACACCGGGGUCCUGCUGCCUCCUGCAGAGGGCUGGAGCCUGCCUGAGGACGGAGCUGGGGCCACUGGGGCAGGGGACAUGACCCCUGCCUCCCCAGAGACCCCCGUGCCAUUCCCCUUCCCGGAACACCCCCUCUCCCAGGCUCCAGCCAAGGCAGAGAGCGAGCUGGAGGAGCUGGAGCUGGUGGAGGGGCCAGGGCCCGAGGAGGAGCUGGCCGAUAUCCUUCAGGGCCCCAGUCUGCGCUCCACGGAUGAGGAGGAUGGGGACGAACUGGUCCUUUGACUACCUCCCUGGCCUCCUCACAAAGACUGUCCAGGGACCCAGGAGAGAGUGCACAGGGUGCACGGUGUGGGAGAGUGUGCUUCCUAAAGCUGGUGGGGAUCACAUCAAUACACAGCCUCUCCUGGGAGUUUUUAAAAAUGUGAUCCUUGGAGGAGGAACUGGAA